UUACAGUCAAAUGCAUCGUGUCAACAAUUUUCAAAAAGCAUCUGUGUAUAAUAUAUUUUUAUAAAACAAUUCAAAUUAUUAUUGACUCAUGAAAAUUUGCAAUGAACGCUAAACACCCAACUGAUCCAGGAAGCAAUGUCUCAAAAUUUACUGGAUACGAUCCUAAAAAAUACGCAGUUACCGAUGUUUCCCUGACAGUGCGCACAGAUGACAGUCUGACUCCCGGUAGACCACCAUGUUUAACACAACAGACCAUCGGGAAGUACUUACAACCUUUGACCAGGGAGCUGUCUAUGAUACCACCGGCACCGACGAUAGAUGAAUUGCCUGACGAAGUCAUCAACCAAAUGGUUUUGAAGGACAAAGCAUUCUGGGUGGACAAACCAGGAGCAAACGCAUAUACCCUUCACGAUGCCUACUACAACUACGGCAUGACCACGGAAAUAGUUAAACCACCACAUCAAGACGUGUUUCCCCGUUCAUAUCAAUACGACCUAGACUGCGUGCGUUACAGACGCACACACGCGUGCGACGGGCUUAAGGCAACUCCCGGUGAAAAUAAGAAAGCUGUCAGUCCUCAUUGUCGCGACUGCAAGAAGUACAUAGAGCCUGCCUUAACUCCGUUCCAAUUGGCGUGGGCACAAGAUGCCGGGCAGAAGAGGUGGCGAUACUAUCCCGACCUUACCGCCUCCCUUACUGCAGACGAGAUCAAGACUUCUAUGGAUAACGUUGGUCGCCCGUUCCAGAACGAAGCUUGCAAUUGGUAUUACAAAAACUAUCCAUCCCAAAAAUACGACGUCAUCUUACGUAAAUUUUCACAAUAAACCACGCACGAUAGACACCAA